AAAUAGACGCGCCGCGCCUUUGCGCUAUCGAAACCGCACCCCUCAAUAGAAAUUAUGAAGCUAACCGGAUUUUUAAAGCAAAAUGUACGAGUACGUUUUGCUCCCUCCCCAACUGGACAUUUGCACAUUGGUGGACUGAGAACCGCAUUUUUCAAUUAUUUGUUUGCCAAGAAGUAUGGCGGCGAUUUCAUUCUGAGAAUCGAAGAUACUGAUAGAACACGUUUUGUGGAUGAUGCUCAGGAUCAGAUUUAUUCCUCUCUGAAUUUCUACAAUUUAUUACCGGAUGAAGGACCACGUGAAGGCGGAAAAUUUGGACCAUAUGAGCAAUCAAAGCGACUAGAAAUAUAUCGAAAUGCCGCCUAUAGACUAAUAGAUUCUGGCCACGCAUAUCGAUGUUUUUGCUCUGAAAACCGACUGGAUUUGUUAAGAAAAACUGCGGAAAAACGAGGAGAAAUUCCAAAAUAUGAUCGAAAAUGCGCAAAUUUAUCAUCUAGAGAUGCGGUUAAAAUGGAGCAAAAUGGAGAAAAGUUCGUGAUUCGAUUCAAGUUGGACAAGCAAAAUGUUCAGUUCCACGAUGAAGUAUUCGGUUCGGUAAAUCAGUUUAUCGAUGAAAGUGACCCGGUGCUUUUAAAAUCCGAUGGUUUUCCCACAUAUCAUCUAGCAAAUGUGAUAGACGACCGAAAAAUGGAAAUCUCGCAUGUUAUUCGUGGAAUGGAGUGGCUCAGCAGUACAGGAAAACAUACAAUUUUGUACAAAGCAUUCAACUGGACUCCGCCGAAAUUCGUUCAUCUUUCACUAAUCAUGCGAUCAGCUACAAAGAAAUUGUCAAAAAGAGACAAAGACGCGUUUGUGAGCUACUAUUCCGAACAACUUGGUGCUCUACCGGAAGCGGUACUUAAUCUGAUGAUCAGAAAUGGAGCCGGUAUUCGGAAUUUUGAUGCCGAACACUUUUAUUCACUGGACGAAAUGAUUGAACAGUUUGAUUUGAGCCUGCUGGGAAGAAGGAAUUUGCUGCUAGAUUCUGACGUUUUGCAAAAAUACUCGAGAAUGGCUUUUCAAAAAUCGGAUUUCAAAGAAUUGUAUCCCAGGAUUAUUGAUAUUUUGAAUAAAAAAUCGAAUUACUCCACAUCGCGAGAAGAUAUUCAAAAAAUCGUCACUUUCUUAAAGGCAAAGGAAGAAAACUUUGGAUUCUUGAGCUCAUUGAGUACAGAAUUCAGUUGGUUUUUUACUCGACCUCAAUCCUCACAGCUUCUCAAGGAAUCUCAUCCAAAUGUCGAUCUCAGAAAUAUUUUGAACAGUCUUCUGGAAAUUGAAGUUUUCAACUCUGAAUCUCUUGAAUAUCUCGCGAAGAAUCAUCAACUUAAUCUGGCGAAAGCAAUGGGAAUCGUGAGAAUCUCAUUGAUUGGCUCGAAAAAAGGACCACCAAUUUCUGAGCUUGUUGAGUUUUUUGGAAUGACAGAGUGUCAUAGGAGAAUAAGAAUAAUGCAGGAAUUAUUAUAACUCCGAUUUCCAUUGUUGUUGUCGUUUUUUUUUGUAAAUAAAAUUAGGAUUUAAAUCUCUUUUGCAGAAAGAA